AUGAAGCUAUAUGAUGGAACUACAGAUCCUGAAGAGCAUAUUGCCCAAUACAGAGAAAGGAUGGAGAUCAUUCCCAUACCAGGGCACUUGAAGGAAGCUUGCAUAUGCAAAGGCUUUGGUUCGACCCUUAUAGGAGCAUCCCUCAAGUGGCUGCUAAACGUUCCCCCAAACUCUAUUACUUCAUUUGCACACUUAGUCAAUAUAUUUAAUAACGAGUUUUCUUGCAGCAGAACCUUCAAAAAGAUCACUAGUGAUCUCUACCGAGUGGUUCGGGAUCCUAAUGAAAAACUAAUGGACUUUGUCAACAGGUUUGUCAGGGAAGCUCUGAGCAUCCCCAACAUCAACAUGGCCACUGUUGUGGAAGCCUUUAAAAUGGGACUAAGGAAGGGUUCACCCUUCUAUGAAGACCUUGUGAUGACCCCAUGCAAAAGAUUAGAUGAAGUCAGGUGUCGAGCAUUGAGGUUCAUAAGGCUCGAAGAGGAUAGAGAGAUCCAGAAGAGAAGCAACCCUUUGGAUCAAUAUGAGAGCCCCAACAGGAAGGACGAAUCCUCGACUCAAAGAUACUACAAAUCAAAGCCCUAUUCCAAAAUAGAUCAUCACAGGGUUAAUGCCCUUAAAGAUGAAGGAGAAGAAGAAGAGCUUCCUAAAAUCACUGACUAUUGUUUUUAUGUGGAUGUUUCAGGUGUAAUUCACGCUAUGCAGGAUCUUGGAGACAAAGCAAGACGACCAAAGAUAGAUAGCAAGUCCACCACUUGGAAAGAUAGGUCCAAAUGGUGUGCUUACCAUGAAGAAUUUUGCCACCCGACGGAGGACUGCAUAGCCCUAAGAAAAGAAAUUAGCUACCUCCUUAGUAAAGGACACCUCAAAGAGAUCCUCGGGAGAAAAGAGAAAAAUCCAAGAAGAAUCGCCAGGAUGAUCACAAGAUCCCGGAGAAACGAGAAUCUCCACCCUCUGACGCUAAGAUAA